AUGAGCCAGGCACCGCUGCUAUCGAAACCGCUCCCAGGAGAAGUGCUACUCCUAUACCUUUCAGUAUCAAACACUGCCGUUAGCUCGGUAUUGAUACGGAAGCCGGAGAAAGCAGAGCCACAAAUUUUCUAUGUCAGCAAGGAACUCCAAAGCGCAAAGCUUCGGUACCCACCCUUAGAGCAGUUAGCACUGGCCCUGGUCGUCUCGGCACGAAGGCUUCGCCCAUACUUCCAGGCGCACGAGAUCACUGUUCUAACAAACCAGCCCCUUUGGCAGGUACUCCAAAAGCCAGAAACGUCGGGCCAAUUGGUCAAAUGGGCAAUCGAGUUGGGGGGGUUUGACAUACAGUUCAAGCCAAGGCCUACAGAAAGAGGUCUGGCCGUCGCCGACUUCAUCUCUGAGCUCACACCUGCGCUAUCGGAAUCACCCUUUCCGAGCGUUAUCCUCACUGCGUCAGAGAGAACGGACGCCGAGCGCUUCGACACUUCCGUUCCUCUCUCGAUUCUGCAUGUGGACGGCUCGGCAAACCAGCAAGGCUGUGGUGCCGGCUUGGUGUUAACCACUCCGGACGGUGGCAAAGUUGAGUAUGCCCUCCGAUUCAACUUUCGGACCUCCAAUAACGAGGCAGAGUAUGCCCUCCGAUUCAACUUUCGACUAGCCGAGAGCAUGAGCGCGAAACAAAUCAGCAUUCACAGUGACUCCCAGCUCAUAGUGAAUCAGAUAAUGGCAGACUUCGUAGCGAAGGAUGCCUCUAUGUUAGCCUACCUAUCGACAGCUCACCAACUACUGAAAAAAUUCCAGGCCUACGAAAUACGGCAGAUCCCCAUGUCAGAAAACAGCCACGCCGAUGCGCUCUCGCAUUUGGCUUCGGCGAUAAAUGACAAGAUCGGAAGGAAGGUACCGGUGGAGAUAUUAUCCCAACCAAGCACGACAGCUGCUGAGGUAUGUACCGUUCGGUACGAGGAUACAUGGAUGUCUCCAAUCUAUGAUUUCCUAGCAAACGGAACCCUCCCUACCGAUAAGUGCCAAGCCAGGAAACUCCGUUACCGAUCGGCAAGAUACACGGUCAUCAACGAUAUUCUGUACAAACGAGGCUAUACGACGCCGUAUCUAAAAUGCCUAACCAAGGAACAGGGGGACUACAUCCUUUGGGAGGUCCACAGCGGAGUCUGCGGUGAUCAUUCGGGAUCCCAAUCGCCGAUCACUCGCACAUAA